GAAGGCAAGAUGGCGGACGUGCGAAUUGCACGUCCAACGGCGAUCUUUUCUUGUAAAAAGCCUAUGAUAAUGAAAAUAAUACCACGGAGUUCAUAGCAGCAAUGCCGUGGUUCUUCCCUUGGUCGGACUUUAUAAAGAAAAGGGCCUGUAGAUACCUAUUACAGCACUAUCUCGGCCAUUUUCUGCAAGAGAAACUCACGUUAGAUCAGUUAACUGUCGAUCUUUACAAUGGCACCGGAAGAGUAGACAAAGUCCCAUUAGACGUUUGGUCAGUGAAUGAAAUGCUAGACAAUGCUGGAAUACCCCUGGAGAUCAUUGAUGGGUUUAUUGGAAGCAUUUCAGUGUCUGUUCCUUGGACAGCUCUUCUUAGUGAAAGCUGUUGUAUGGACAUCCAAGGUCUUGAAGUUACUAUCAUGCCGAGACAGAGAGUAGAUACAGGAGGAAGUAUGACUGAUUCAAUGAUCUUCAAUGCAAUGACUACAAGUAUGCAACUGGCUCAGGAGUGCCUAAAGGAAAGUCCGUCCAGUGGGGAAGAACAAGCUGAAGCUAGCCAACCCUUUGAGGGUUUAGAGUCCUUUGCACAAACUAUAGAGUCUGUGUUAGCAAGAGUGAAAUUGUCUUUCACAGACACAGUAAUUAGAUUUGAGCAUUUACCCAAAGACACAGUGACAGGAAUAGGAUUAGAGAUACACAUUAAAAGAAUUGAUUAUCUAGAUCUCUCUACGGAGCUGGCUGAGGAGAAUAGUCACUUUAAAGCCAAGAGUGUUUAUGAACCUGCUGCUUGUGCAUGCAAAAACCUCAAGAUCUUUGGAGUUUCUGUCCAUCUUGAUGAAUUUCCAGAGGAGUCAAGAACAGUGUCUCAAGUCCCUGACUUCUCUCAUUCACCCCCACCCUCCCUUAUUAGCGGGUCAUGCUCUCCUCUUCUCCAUAACCCAUCAAAUCCUCUUGGAAGACUCUCAUUAUCAGCAGAUCAGAUCAGCAAACCUUCACUCUCAGGGAGCUUAUUGCCGCAAAUUAAGAUUGUGACAUUUGCUGGUCACUCUGAGAUUAAACUGAAACUGAAACAGAAUGUCACUGUGCCAGGACCAAAGGUGGAUGUUGAAUGUUUUGUUGGAACAAUGAAUGUUUUCUUGUCACCCAAACAACUUCAUCUGCUCUUAGAACUUUGCAGUGGAUUUUCUUCUCCAGAUGUGUCCAGCCAUACUUCUGACAAAGGCCAUGGUGUCAACAAACCCAUGCAACCAGAGGACUACCAGAAAGUAGAACAAGACUUGCAGAACCAAAUGACGUCCACAAGACAGCAGGAGCAGAGACAGCGACAAGGGCGGCAACGUGUAGACUCCUGGAACUUCUCCUUUGACUCUGCCAUAGUAAAUGAUACACCUUCACAUUACUCCCCAGGUGCCGAUUAUGACAGCAUCCUAGGAGAGGAGGGAGAGGAUACAUUUUAUUCCAUGUCAUCCAAUCAUGAUGUCCUACCUCCUCUGGAAGAACCAGUCUUACCAGCUGACAUGCUGCCGGUAAAAUCGUCGGGAAGUUUGCUGCAUUCAGCAGAGUUUUCAUCGUUAGGAACUCUGGGUGGGGUGCAGUCUUCCCAGUAUAACUUGAUGAACUCUUUAGGAUGUGAUAAGAGAUUCAUGAGCCACAAAACACAAAUACCAGGUACCUCUCUAGCAGAAGCUGCCAAUACAGUUUUUGUCCGUGCAAAACAAACCGUACUUGUUCCAGAUAGUACUAGUAACACCCCUCAAAGCAAUGUUUCAAGACGAAGUCUGUCUUCAUCAAGCAAUCCUGGUCUUGCUGGAAUAGCAGCCUUGGAUGACCCCUGUCCAGAUGUGACUAAGGUAUGUCUGAAGCUCUCCAGUGUGGCUGUGACAGUGCUUCACAUUGACCCAGUGCUGUCUCCAGUGCCUGAUGCAGGGGGCAGUCCUUCUGGUGAUGAUAGCAGUCAGAUUCAUCCAUUGUCCCAAAUGGCUGAAAAGUUUUUCGCUGGUAUUGGCACUUAUGGAUUUGGAGGGAAGGACUUUGAGGAUAUGGCUGCAAAAUUUACAUCAGCAUGCUGUGCAGACCAUCUGAGGUGCAUGGCUGCUCCGCUGUCGUUUGAGUUCGAAAGAGUGGUUAAUAGCUCACAUCAGACUGGAAAUGGUGAACUGUCUGCAGGGAAACUGGAGCUAACUGAGUAUCUGUUUGAGCGUUCAUCUUCUUCAACAUCCAUUUCAAUGCCUUAUUCCUCUACACAGUUGCUGAAGUCAUUUUCUGGUGAUAGUCAAACCACACCAUAUAUUGGGAUGAAUCCAACAUUUUCCCGUCCCUGCUUGAGGAUUAAAUACAGAAGCACACAAAGAACUACGUCUCCAGGGGUUGUUCAAGGUCGCAACAUUGUACUGCCCAAACUGGAUUUAUCUUUGGAGCUCGGUGGAUUUCUUUGUGAACUGGACGUCUCCAUUGUUGACAGACUGACCGCACUCUUAAACCCGCAACCAGUCUUCAUGAACCAUCCCUCCAACAUGCAAUCCCACGUGUUUAAAUCCUGCAAUCCAUCAGUUGUGAACCAGCAGGCUGUGUUUACUCAAGCCAUGGAUGACACUCCCUCAGUAGAACAGCCUUUUAACAUUAACCUCACUUGCCCUUCACUAACACUAGUCGUAAGAGUUCCAAUUCCUGAUUUACGGCCAGCUGUGGACCGACGACCUUGGUGGCAAAAAUCCUUGAGAAAAGAGCGUUUCAUAUUUGACUUCUCAGCUGUUGAAUUCAGUACAUUGUAUUCUGGCUCAGAAAGCUCUUGCCAGUACGAUUUCAGUUUCAAAGAAUUAGAAGGUUAUUUCCAGGAGGAUACAAGCAGUGGUAAAAUGCCAGUUAUUCGUGUAACACAUUGUCAGUCGGACAAUGAGACAGGGAGUGGAGAGUUUGGUCGGCCAAGAAUUGUGAUAACAGUCCAGCCCCCGGCUCCUCUAUCAGCUUUGGAGGAAGUUCCGUCCUCAGAUAACUCGCCUCUUAGUUCUCUUGAUGCGUAUCCUGUGAUGAAAGCUGAGCCGUCGCCAUUCUCCUCUAGACCUGUUAUGUUUGAGACAGAGGAGCUGCUAAUGCCUGGCUCACAAGAGGAAAUGAGAAAAUUCCAAGAGGACACUGUGGCAACUUCAAGAGUACAUGUGGAAUGCUCCUUUUCAAGGUUUGAUGUGAACUUGCACACGAAGGAUGUGUUUGAGAACAUCUAUAACAGGCUGGCCAGUGACCUUUUGCUAUGGGAACCCAUGGCGCCCUCGCCUACUGACCGGCCGGACCCGUUUAGUUUCAGUGUAAGCACAGGGUUGGAUUUGGCGAGUCAGAUGCUGCGGGCUCAAGGACCGGAUCGGUUUGUCAUGUGUCGAUCAGGGCUUCGGAGUUACGAUGAUGAUGCUUCUUCCUCCGACGAAGAAGACAGCAGCAAUUUCACAUCGCUGGAGAACAAGUACAAACGUGCAAAAUCCAACCCAAACGGACAGACAGCGUUUACUCUGACGCUUAGUGUGAACAAGGGUAGACUGGCAAUGUUUCCUAAGAGUGAGAUUUGGUCUCCAAGUGGAAGUUCCAAGGAUUUUAGCUCAUGCUCUGAGGAGGUGUUGGGAGAAAUAGCAGCCGAGUUUAAUGACGUCUCAUUCUUCUUAGCGGCUUGUUACAAGAGCCAAGCAGACCUUACCUAUCUGAGCCUGCAGUCACAAAAGGUCGCUUUUCAGCACGCGCCUGUGGUUCCACAGGCAUCCCAUGAGUCUAUGGAGUCUGCGUUUAGUGGAGCUGAGCUCCAGUCUACCCUCUAUCACACUGAAUCUGGUGUGAGACAAGGUGAUGGGAGGACUGGUGAACCGAUGUUUGCGUUUGCCAUUAAAGUCUCUGCAGAUACUUCGAAGAACAUUAAGGAGAUUUUGUUCUCUCUUGGACUGCGUAGAAGCACUCUUCGCCACAGAAUGCUGGCUUCUAAACAGAUGUGGCUCACUCAGGUUCGCGAUUUUUUCGACGUGAAGGAUGAUCCAGUGCUGGGUUUCAGUCCCCCAGCGGUUGUAACAGUGUUCCAUACUCAUGUAUGGGAGGGAACCAUUGACUACAGGCCAAUUCACUUACCAUUACGGGUUCUUGUAACUAUGGGUACUUUCAGCGUGUCGAGCAACAUCACCAUCGAGUCUAAUGUUUCUCUUUUGAGGUUUAUUAUCGAUGACGCAGCGCUAUAUCUCUCCGACAAAUGCAGUGGCGCUGCGAACAUCAGAAACUACGUCUGUGUUCUCGAUCUCGGAAUGUUUGAACUCUCUUUAUUCACCAGUGAUGGUAGUGAACAGGGUCACCCACAGUUAGAACUACGCAUGUCCAACAACAUAGUCAAUGUCCGAACAUGCUCGGACUCAUGCUCCGCUCUGCUUCAACUGAUUCAGUACAUUGCAGCGGACGGGGAUCUGGUACCUAGCUACGAACCAGAAGUACCCGAUGCCACGAAAAACCCCCCGACUCCAAGCCGCUGUCCAGCCGAGCCGCCAGUCAAGCAAGGGUCCAUAGAUGAGGGAGAACUGAGCAAUAUCAUGACCGAGGCCAUGGUGGAUAGUCGCUCUGAUGAAGAAACCCUACACGACAAGAGCGUCAAAGGAGAACUCAGUCAUCAGCUUUCCAGAUCACCAAGACGAGAUCUCUUCUUGUUCCCUGAUGACGAGCUGAGCAGCCCUGUGGAGGAGUAUUACCCCCCGGAAGAAACAAACGCAGAGUUACCAAAUCCGGGGGAGGUGGAGGAAGAAGAAGAGGAUAGUGAUGACGAUUUCUGUAUUCUGGAACACCCAGAUAAAGAACCUGAGGGUUUGAGUCAUGAAGUAAUCAUCAAACGCCUCAUAGAUGAACAAGUCAGCAUUGUGGACAAUCAUUUUACUGUUCCCCUGGGUCCAAGCGACCAACUCUGCGCCCCGAGUCAUUUUCCACCAGCGGUGUUCUGCUGCACGCUUAAGGAAAUGUCUGUUGUAUGGCAUCUAUAUGGCGGCCGGGACUUUGGUGGAUCAGUAUCACGUGACACCAGGAAGAAGAUAAGCUUUGCAUUGGAUGAAAGAGGACAGGCUGUGGACAGUUCCUUUGUGAAGAGACCCACAACGCUACUCACUAAAAACACUGCACCCGCGAGAACUGCAAACAAACUCAGUGGAGGACCAAACAGAAACAACGAUGUGCUGAUGGAGUUUUAUUUAAACAAGAUUCGUCUGCAGUACGAGGAGUACCCCGAGGACACAGAACAGGCCUCACGGAUUGUAGUGCUCGUGCAAGAUGUUGAGAUCAGGGACCGCUUGGCACUUUCUCAGAUAAACAAGUUCCUAUACCAGUACACCUCUGAGGCCUGUCCGAAACAGACCCAUGCCAACAUGAUCCUGCUCAAGAUGCUUCAUAUUCGGCCUGAUCCUGGUCUCAAAGCACAAGAGUGUAAUCUGAGAGUUUCUAUACAGCCUCUGAGGCUAAAUGUUGACCAGGAUGCUUUAUUUUUCUUGAGGAAUUUCUUCUCAGAAGUCAUGGGAGAAGCUGCAAAAAACCCAAAAGGAUCUAGUUCAGUUGAUUCCAGUCCUGUUAGGCCGCCCCCGUCUUCUGAGUGGUUAUUGGAGACCCCAGGCGCCGAAGAGACCCUGGUAGAGUCAGCAAGUGAGUCAGAAACAGACACCCUCCAGCCAGCCCCUACCUUCUUUCGGUCCUUUAUAUUUUCUCCCGAGGUACCAAUUAGGUUGGAUUAUCAGGGAAAGAGAGUCGACAUGGAGCAGGGCACCUUGGCUGGUCUGUUAAUCGGUCUUGGUCAGCUCAAUUGCUCUGAGCUGCGUCUCAAACGCCUGUGUUGUCGUAGCGGCUUGCUUGGAAUGGACAGAGUGAUCAACUACGCGUUGUCUGAGUGGCUUGCGGACAUAAGGAGCACCCAACUGCCUAGGAUACUGGGUGGAGUCGGUCCUGUGCACUCCUUUCUUCAGCUGUUCCAGGGAUUAGUGGACCUGGUAUGGCUGCCUAUUGAUCAGUACCGGCGGGAUGGGCGUGUCAUGAGGGGGCUGCAGAGGGGAGCCAACUCCUUCACUACUUCAUCUGCGAUGGCCUUUCUUGAACUGACUAACCGAGUGGUGCAGAUAAUACAGUCCGCAGCAGAGACAGCAUAUGACGUAGUGAGUCCAGACUCUCCAGUGAAACGGGGCCAGAAUCGGCUGGCACAACAGCCGUUUGAUUUACGUGAAGGAGUAUCCAAUGCCUACCAAGUCUUCAGAGAGGGACUGGGUCAAACAGCCACAAACAUUGUUCAAGUGGCUAAAGAUGAACACGAACAGAAGGGAGUAACAGGUGCUGUGGGUGGUGUCCUGCGCCAGGUCCCAGCGACCGUAGUUCAGCCCUUUAUUCUGGCUACAGAGGCCACCUCUAGUGUCCUGGGAGGAGUCCGUAAUCAAAUCCUUCCCGAUGCUAGACGAGAGGCCGCGGAAAAAUGGAGAGCAAGCCCUUAAGAGUUAAAGCAUGUUGACGUUUUUAGAAUCUCUUCUUUAGUAGUCUAUUAUAUAUGCUGGUAGAUAUCUGGUCUGUUGGUCAGAUGAAGAAUGUCUGUUGGCAAAGCCUUGGACAGUUUAUUCGUUUGAUUACAAACUGUUCUACCCUUUUGUUUUGCACCUUUUACAAUUUUUAGUAUUUUAUUUCAAGUUCGUAGGAGGUCAAAUUGUAAAGGAAUAGUAGAAUUUAUUGGCUUCUUGUUUCCGUGUCUUAACGAUCGAUGAAAAAUUUUUAUGAUCUUAGGUCAUUACCUUUCGUAGUAGAGUGCGCACAAUAAGCACUUAAUGACUGGCCCCAAGGAAAUAAAGCUAACUGUUUCCCGUGGGGCCAGUUUCUAAAAAGUUUUGUCACACCUCCCAACUUCUCCUCCAAUCAGAAAACGAAAUUGAGUUCGGAGGUUUAACAAUAAGGACCAUUCGGAAAUUUGUGACGUUAGGCUUGGGCUACGGAUAAUCUCAGUUGCCUAGCAACUUUUUGACAUAAUUGCGGGCUCACUUUAUCUCAGCAUUGUUCUUGAACAUGAAGUAUCGUAGUCAUUAUUUUAGGAUUGAAAUUCAAUUUUUUUUUCUUUUUAUUUAGACUCUACAUUAGACGAUUGAUAACCUAGAAUCUAGCCGUUACUCGGUAAAAAUUCACUGUAGUCAUAGUUGUGAAUGUAAGUGUACACUUCAAAGGCAAGGGAGAAAUUUGCGUUGUGUGUUGUCGUUAAGGGAGACAUUUAUUUAUCUGCGGAGGAAAGACUUGGUUCAAUGUCAGUAUCUGAACAACUGCCCACCUACCCCUCCCUUAAUCCAUCAACAGUCAACUGAUAACAAGUUGGGAUUAAUGUUAGGUUAGGGGAGGGUAGGUGCGCUUGAUACUCAGAUACUGACUUUUAUCCAACAACUUAAUAGCUUUCUGUUUUUUCAAUGGGGUAGGAAAUUAUGCAAAUGCUUUUCUACCUGAAAACCUGUACCUGCAAAGAAACUGUACAGCCGUUUUAUAAUUGUAGGAAUAUGUUGUAUAUGUACAUCAUUUUCAGUAUUGUACAAAGGGGGCAGAUACUGUUUCGUUGCCUGUAGCUGUAUUGUACAUAGAUUUAAACUCACACUUGGCUUGUGCAAACGGGGAAGUAAUUUCUCUUAGUGAUACACCUAUUUUUGUUUUAGUAUGAGCUUUCGUAGCAGUAGAAGUUUGUUACUUUUUAAUUUUGCGAAGAAAGCUACUGAGUCGCUAUGUUCGUGCGCCAGUGAAAGAAGAAGGGUCAUAGAUUGCUUUCUGUUGUGAAUGAAAAAUAUAUCCAAUCAGUGAGAAUUAAAUAAAGUCUUCAAUUGUGCUGUUGUUA